AUAUCUCAGUCAACUAAAAUCACCACCAUCAUAUCAAACUAUAGCCGACCUAACCAUCACUCAGCUCUUUACGAGCGUGAGUACAUCACAACGCGACAACAUCGUUAUCUUCGUCGUAGUGUUGUUUUUGACAGAGACACUCAGUCAGGUUCAAGUAAUCACUUAGCUUUGGGUGAAGUAUGUAUGGUUUUACGUCAAGGAACAAAUAGGCGGCGACGUGCUGUUAUUAUCGAUAAAAGACCAACGGAAACAGGAACAGAGGAUGAGUACUAUGUACAUUAUGAGGGUGCAGAUCGACGCCUAGAUGAGUGGGCACGACGAAGUCAGAUUGAGAAAGUCGCUGUACAGAACUAUACUUCACUUGAUGAUGGUCAGAUAAAAACGAAGAGGAUGCGCAAGAGAAAACAUUUUGAACAUAGUGAAUCUCCGAAUGGACAUUCCGUUUUAGAAGAAGAAAGGAACGCACUUGAGAAAGAACACGAAGAAGUAACCAGAGUGAAACAUAUUGAACGCAUCAGAUAUGGCAAUUAUGAAAUUGACACAUGGUACUUCUCGCCCUAUCCAGAUGAAUAUGGAAAAGCGCGAAGUCUGUACGUUUGUCAGUAUUGUAUGCGUUAUAUGAAGUUUGAGCGGAGCUAUCGUACUCAUUUGCUUGAAUGCGGAAGAAAGGAACCACCUGGUGUUGAAAUUUAUAAAGAGAAAUCAUUAUCUGUUUAUGAAGUGUGUGGUAGCAGUGAUAAGGUAUACUGUCAGUGUUUAUGUCUCUUGGCUAAAUUGUUUCUCGAUCAUAAGACGCUAUAUUUUGAUGUUGAACCGUUUUUGUUCUACGUGCUUUGCGAAGUUGAUAGCCGAGGUGCUCAAAUGGUAGGAUAUUUUUCGAAAGAAUUGGGGAAUCCAGAUCAAAACAACCUUGCUUGCAUUUGUAUACUCCCUCCGUUUCAGCGUAGUGGAUAUGGAAAAUUUCUUAUUCAACUGAGUUAUGAGCUUUCAAAACGAGAGGGCUUAAUUGGUUCUCCUGAAAAGCCAUUAAGUGAUCUGGGUAAAUUAAGUUACCGGUCCUAUUGGUCGUGGGCAGUACUUGAAGUUUUGAGAACAUGUUCGAAAAUUUCAAUAGCAGAUCUUAGUCGAAGAACGUCUAUUCAUGUCAAUGAUAUAGUUGAGACACUUCACUUUCUCAAAUUAACGCGUUAUUGGAAAGGUGACCAAGUUUUGUACGUAAGGCAUCGAUUUUUGAUGCACUGUUGGAAAAGCGGGGUUGCCAAAAAACCUCGGCUACUGUUGAGACCACGGCUUUUGCAGUGGCAGCCUCGAUAG